CAGAGCUCCUCAGCAUGAGAGCUGUGCCCCUCCUCGUGGCCAGGGCAGCAAGCCUUAGCCUUGGCUUCUUGCUUCUGCUUUUUCUCUGGCUAGACCAAGGUGUACUAGCCAAGGAGCUGAAGUUUGUGACUUUGAUGAAGAAAUUGAGGCACAAAAAGGUUAAGCGACUUGCCCAUGGUCACACAGAUGGAAUGGUGGAGACAGGAUUUGACCCCAGGCUAUCUGACCCCGGAUGCCUUUCCUUUUAUCAUUGGACACGGUCUUUUCCUGCUGUGUAUGUAUAACCCAGCACCCAGAGCCGGUCUGAGACACCCCUGUAAGGUGUUUCGGCACGGAGACCGAAGUCCCAUCAACACCUUUCCCACUGACCCCAUAAAGGAAUCCUCAUGGCCACAAGGAUUUGGCCAACUCACCCAGCUGGGCAUGGAGCAGCAUUAUGAACUUGGAGAGUACAUAAGAAAGAGAUACAGAAAAUUCUUGAAUGAGUCCUAUAAACAUGAACAGGUUUAUAUUCGAAGCACAGAUGUUGACCGGACUUUGAUGAGUGCUAUGACAAACCUGGCAGCCCUGUUUCCCCCAGAGGGUCACAGCAUCUGGAAUCCCACCCUACCCUGGCAGCCCAUCCCGGUGCACACAGUCCCUCUUUCUGAAGAUCAGUUGCUAUACCUGCCUUUCAGGAACUGCCCUCGUUUUCAAGAACUUGAGAAUGAGACUUUGAAAUCGGAAGAAUUUCAGAAGAGGCUGCACCCUUACAAGGAUUUUAUAGCUACCUUGCCAAAACUUUCAGGAUUCCAUGGCCAGGACCUUUUUGGAAUUUGGAGUAAAGUCUACGACCCUUUGUAUUGUGAGAGUGUUCACAAUUUCACUUUACCCUCCUGGGCCACUAAGGACACCAUGACUAAGUUGAAAGAAUUGUCAGAAUUGUCCCUCCUGUCCCUCUAUGGAAUUCACAAGCAGAAAGAGAAAUCCAGGCUCCAGGGGGGUGUCCUGGUCAAUGAAAUCCUCAAUCACAUGAAGAGAGCAACUGAGAUGCCAAACUACAAAAAACUUAUCAUGUAUUCUGCACAUGACACUACUGUGAGUGGCCUACAGAUGGCACUAGAUACUUACAACGGAUUCCUUCCUCCCUAUGCUUCUUGCCACUUGAUGGAAUUGUACUUUGAGAAGGGGGAGUACUUUGUGGAGAUGUACUAUCGGAAUGAGACGCAGCACGAGCCAUAUCCCCUAAUCCUACCUGGUUGCAGCCCCAGCUGUCCUCUGGAGAGGUUUGCUGAGCUGGUUGCCCCUGUGAUCCCUCAAGACUGGUCCACGGAGUGUAUGAUAACAAGCAGCCAUCAAGUUCUAAAGUUCAUCUUUGCUGUUGCCUUUUGCCUGAUAUCUGCUGUCCUAAUGGUACUGCUGGUUAUCCACAUUCGCCAUGGACUCUGCUGGAAGAGAGACUCCUAUGGGAACAUCUGAACAGACGGCUGGACAAGCCAGGCCAAUCUCCUGUGACACAGCAUCUCUUAGUGGUGCCACAUCUAAAGGACAGGCUUUUGUCAUGUGGGCAUUGCCCUCCUGACACCCUGCCUCUUGAAUCUGCCUAGAGCAAAGUCUGAGCUCACAGUGACCCACAGGCAGCUGCUGGACUUACAGAUGAACAAACACUCAGGUUACCUAGGUCUUCUUAUCAUGGAGUGGUAGUGCAGGCUGCUCAUUCAACUAGAAGGAGGCUUUUAUGAUGGGAUGGUUUUAUUCUCUGACACAGUUGUCCAGAAAGAAAUAAGAAGCCAAAUUCCAAUCAGCGUUUUACCUGCAAGGAGCAAAGGCGAAGAAGGUGGACAAAGACAUAGAUUAGAAAAACACUGGAUAUUGGGGGAAGUUAGACUAGAAGUAGUAUUAUACAGGGUGAUUCUUAUGAAAGAAGACCCAAUCAUAAAUUACAAAUAAACUUUUGAUUUAGCUAUUAA